CCUCCUCUCGCACAACCCCGCGGCGCCCCCCCCCCAACCCUCCCUCUCUUCGAUCUCAAGAGCCGUCUUUCCUCGCUUAUUCCCUCAUUGCCAUAGGCGCGGACGAUCUCAAGGUUGCUCCUUUGUUGCCCUAGGAUCGACGGAAUUGGCCUUCUGAAGACAUCAGGCUCCGCAGGUGAGAUUGACCCGGGACGUGACGUUUCUUUAAGAAAGUGACGCAAAUCAAGUUGCUUAAGGAGCAUUACCUUUGAGGUUUUGUUAAAAGGGGAACUAUUCCGGCUUUGCGGUCGUGAGACCUGCUAUUGCCGAUGGCAGAGAGAGCCUGUGUGAAACGCCUUCAAAAGGAAUACCAUGCAAUUUGUAAGGAACCACCACCCCAGAUCGUCGCUCGUCCUUCACCCAGUGAUAUACUAGACUGGCAUUUUGUACUUGAAGGAAGUAAAGGCACACCAUUUGAAGGUGGAUAUUACUAUGGAAAACUCAAGUUUCCACCUGAUUAUCCAUACAAGCCUCCAAGUAUCAGCAUGAUCACUCCCAAUGGACGUUUCGCCCCUCACAAAAAGAUCUGUUUAUCCAUGAGUGACUUUCAUCCAGAGUCUUGGAAUCCAAUGUGGUCUGUAUCAAGCAUUCUCACAGGGCUUCUGUCUUUCAUGAUGGAUGAUGGUCAGACAACUGGCAGCAUUAGGACUACAGAUGAUGAAAAGCGAAGACUAGCUAAGGCUUCACUUGCAUACAAUUGUGAAAGCAAAAACUGCCCAAGUUUCAGGAAGCUGUUCCCAGAAUAUGUAGAGAAGUACCAACAACAACAGAUCCCAGAGCAAUCUGUAUCACGACAGCAGAUGAAUGAACAUAGAAGCUCUCCUCCUGGCAUGGUUGAACGAGCUGCAAGACUUGAAGGUGAAGACAGAAAGAUUGUACAAAAUGCUGGGAAGAGAAAGCAGAGGAAGCAGAUACCAUUCUGGUUACUGCUGUUGAUGGUGUCAGUCUUCGGCAUUGUGAUGGCGUUGCCCCUGCUGCAGCUGUGACUUUAUCAGUAGACAAUGCAUUGUGACACAAGUUUGACCUUAAGAAAAUGUUAAGAGUCUUAGAUUUGUGUACUGAAGAAUUUUGUAAAGUUGGUUGAUGUGGAGUGGUUGAAUCCUUAGUAAACCCUCCUUUGACAUCUCUUCAUGGACUAUUUUAAGCUAUUUUGUUUGUUACUGACUAGCAGCAGGAUCCCUGCUUUGCCUCUGUAUUUGCUGCAUUUUUGCUUUGCUUAUGAGCAUGAUAGCAUGUUCUCUUUUUA